AUGGCCGAGCUGCGGCACGCCACGUCUUGGAAGCCAUGUGCCGAGCGACGCAGCGACGAGAUCUCAGAUCUUGUGUCAGAGAACGAAACGUCUGGGUAUAUUUUUAUUCAUGCUGAGGGUGGAUUAAACCAGCAACGCAUAGCUAUAUGCAAUGCUGUUGCAAUCGCUAAGAUAAUGAACGCCACACUUAUUUUGCCUGUGCUGAAGCAGGAUCAAAUAUGGAAAGAUCAAACGAAAUUUGAAGAUAUCUUCGAUGUAGAUCAUUUUAUAAAUUAUUUGAAGGAUGAUGUGCGCAUUGUUCGAGAUAUUCCUGACUGGUUCACAGAAAAAGAUGAGCCGUUCACCAGUAUAAGACGUACUGUAAAAAAUAUCCCAAAAUAUGCACCAGCGCAGUUUUAUGUUGAUAAUGUACUUCCAAGGAUCAAAGAGAAAAAGAUAAUGUCUAUCAAGCCAUUCGUUGAUAGAUUGGGGUAUGAUAAUGUUCCAAUGAAGAUAAACCGGCUCAGAUGUAGAGUUAAUUAUCACGCCUUAAAGUUUCUACCUGGCAUUGAAGAGAUGGCUGACAAACUAGCAACAAGGAUGCGGAAUCGAACUGGGAAUGUAAAUCCAUACAUGGCUCUUCAUCUUAGAUUCGAGAAAGGAAUGGUGGGUUUAUCCUUUUGUGAUUUUGCUGGAACCAGAGAGGAGAAAGCAAUGAUGGCUGAAUAUAGACAGAAACAAUGGCCAAGACGCUUCAAGAAUGGAUCUCACCUUUGGUCUUUAGCACUGGAAAAGAGAAAAGAAGGCCGCUGCCCGCUUGAGCCUGGGGAAAUAGGUUUCAUUCUGCGUGCAAUGGGAUAUACAAAGGAGACUCAGAUAUAUGUUGCAUCAGGACAAGUGUAUGGUGGAAACAAUAGAAUGGCGCCACUGAGGAAUAUGUUCCCCAAUUUGGUUACCAAAGAAGAUCUCGCAAGCAAGGAGGAGAUAGAGCAUUUCAAGAAGCAUGUAACCAGCCUUGCUGCAUUGGACUUCCUGGUAUGCCUGAAGUCGGAUGUGUUCGUCAUGACCCAUGGCGGCAAUUUUGCGAAGCUGAUCAUUGGCUUCCGGCGCUAUAUGGGGCGACAUAGGCUCAAGUCUAUCAAGCCGGACAAGGGGCUCAUGUCGAAGUUCUUCGGCGACCCCUACAUGCCAUGGGCGACUUUCGUGGAGGAUGUGAUGAUCACUCACCAGACACGAACAGGCCUCCCCGAGGCCACCUUCCCGCACUAUGACCUCUGGGAGAACCCUCUCUCCCAUUGCAUGUGUAGAGCAUAA